UGUGUGAGUUUGGGCACUGCAGUGGGAGCACUGAACCUUUAGCUGUUCCAAUAGUAGCACUGGGACUGCCUGUUUGAUUGGUUCUUCUCACCUUAGUUUCUUCCUGGGUCAAAAGGAUCCAUCUCCCUUUGUCUGGGACUCCCCAUGUUGUAUUAUUUUGGCAUCUAAGUUGACUAUCUCAGGGAGCUUCUGUGAUCUACUCUUAUCUAUCCGCCAUCUUUACCGGAACACGACUCAGAAAUUCUAUUACCCAUUAUACACUCUGAGAACUGAGUCCCCCAGAGAAAGGCCUCUGCAUGUUAGAGCUGUGUUAUUCAUGAGAGUCAAACCUGGAACAACCUACCUGUUUGUUUCCAAUAGACUGUUGGGACAUCGACAGCAGCAGCUACCUACAGCAGUCAGCUGUGGGAGAAAAGAGGCAAUAAGAAAGUAGGGGGGGUCUCCACUCAGUUUUGAGAAAACAAAAGCAUGAAGACAACACAGAGAAUUGCAGCUUUGGUGGGGGCCACAGGCAGGCAGGGCAGGAAGUGCAGGUGGGGUGGAGGGACAGAAACCAGGAGAGAACGUCCUCCAUCCCAGUGCACCUUCUGUACAGUUCUGACUUCGGUAGCCACUGAGUGGAAAUGAAAGGAUGAAAAAGAAAGAAGGAAAGAAAGAAAGAAAGAAGGAAAGAAAGAGAAAGAGAGAAAGAAAGAAAGAAAGAAAGAAAGAAAGAAAGAAAGUUAUUACAGAUGGUGGGAAAGGAAAAACCAAUAAAUAAGAUUCAUUUUUUCAAUGAAUAACAGAGCCAGCGACACAGCAGAGGAGAAAAUUUAACCCCAGUGGUUUUGACAUAGUUUGUAUGGCCACCCCUGUGUGAGAGGCAGACAGCGUGUGGGGCAAACACUGAAUCCUGCUCAGUAUGUUCUGUUUUCCCAGAAGUGAGGAUUAGCCAUUCCAAAGCUCUCUCAGUUUGAGAACUGAAUUACAAGCUGCACACACUGUGAACAGUGCGUCACAUUUCACUGUUGGAGAGGGAAGCCAAUAAGCAAAGGAGCCAGGGCAGAGUGAAUGCAGGGUGCUGGGUGAGAACAGAGGCAUCAGCCUGAACCUGUGACUGUAGAUCCCUGAUACAGAGGGGUAGACGUGUGUGGCUCCCCCUCUUCCACUUACAUAUAUUCAGCUGGACAGCACGGUGUGUGAGUUGACAUGUGGACAAAUUUGGGUAUGUGAGUUCAACAGGGCUUCUUUCUCCUUUCCUCCUGUUCCCUUCCACCACCUGGUUUGGAACAGCAGUUGGUGGUGAGUCAGGUCAGUUCAUCCUGCAGGUAACUGGGAGUGUCUGCUCUGCGUCUAAGGACAAGGACUGGACACUGACCACACACUGGAGCCCUCGAGCUCCAGGUGUGAAUGCACAAACUAGCAGGAAUAGCUGGGUUAUUUCCAGCAAAAAAAGAAACCUCAUCCCUACCCUUUGGCUUUUACCAGGAGGGACAUUGUGAGCCCUCUGAGCCCAGUGUCCUCUAAUUCCUCCCUCCUUUCUUUUGGAGAGUCAGGUGGGGGACACAGGCAUGCUGGCUUUGACAUGUCUUUGUGCCUUGUUAGGAGCAAAUGGCUCACUGGAUGUGCACGUUCCUCCCCCGACCUCAGGUGACUUCAGGGGGCCUCAGAGAAGUGUCCCAGCUCGGAUCGUCACCACCCAGCCAUCCAUCCCUUGCUUGCCAUCAGUGACAGGCACUUGGAUGGGAGCAGCCUGGACUAUAGGUUUCUCGAGGUGGGAACUCUAACACCUGGUUUACUGCAGAGCCCCUGGUGCUUGUCCCAGGACCUGGCCAUAGAUGCUAGUUGACAGAUAAGAACUGGACUUUUAAUUAAUUUGAAUACCAAGCCAUAUAUAGUGACAUGAGAGUUAGGGAAACUUGUGUUUCCUUGUGGGACGCCCUGACCCUCACAGGGCUGUGGUCAUGCUGCUUUCAAAUCUUUGGCUUAACUCAGCACAGCUUUACUUGGCUGCAAAGAAGAGCAAAGCAUCCUCACAUCAUGAUUCACCCAUCAACCCAGAGUUGCCUUCCUGUGGGGCGAGGCGGCCCCAUUGGGAUGGCACUGUGGACAGGAGCCGGCAUCCCUAGUUUUGCACAAGAUGCCAGUGAUACCCCCUAGCCCAAUUAUGACAUCCCCAGGGUGGGGCAGAGUUACUUUUGUUCAGGACUUUCUGUGGGGGUCUCUCACCUGAGGCUGUGCUUCACGAUGAGGUCCUACUCAGGAUCCCUCCCACCAGUUCCCUUGCCUGAACAGGAAAGGUUGGUAGUACUGACAUGCCAAGCCACAGCCACAUGCUAGAAAUGGAGGGAUGAGCAGAGCAGACAGUGGGUAGGGUGGUGAGCAGACAGUGGAUCUGGCCCACCCACCCAUUGUACAGGUUGCCUCACAUGUCUGGGCCUCCAGGUGCUCAGCACACCUGUGGAAAGGGUAGGGCAGGCCUGUGUGAUCACUUGUGGCCAGUGUGUUCAUCCUCUGGAGCAUAAAUCAUGGGACACAGCCAGUUCUUGUUCAAAGGCCAGAGGACGUGCAGUAAAUCUCUGAGAACAGAAAACCCUCCCCUGUUGCGUGGGUUGAGGUCAAGAUAUUCCCUGCCUCAGCCCUGAUUCUUGGCUGAGCUGAUUUUUAGUUACUUGUUGCCAGAGAGAAGACAGGAGGAGAGGUGGGUCAGGACAGGGGCUGCUGGGUGGUAGGUUGAGGAGAAGAACUCAGGACUGAGAGGGGCUUACUGCUCUGGGUGGGACUUUCAGGGCCAAGAUGCGAAAGGGGUGGUGAGGAUUGGGGUAGGAGAAGGAGAUGGAGCUCCCCUCAGAACUGUAUGGAAGAUGAGAGACGAAGAAUCCAAUGUCCAGCAUUUCCUGACCCUGUCUGGGACAUCUGCCGUGGGAGUAGGGCAGGGUGGCUGCUCCAGUCUGCAGAAGUUUUCCUGCAUAUCUCUCACCCUAGGAUGAACGGUCCCCAGGUCAUGAAGCCCGCUGCCCUGGUGCUGCUGGUGGCCCUGCUGUGUGCAGAGACAGUCCAGGGUCUGCACUGCUACCGUUGCCUGAAUUACACCAGUGGGAAAUUCUGUGAUCAGGUCAUGUGCUCCUUCCCUGGAGGGAAGGAGGUCUGCGUCAGUCAAGAACAAAGCUUCACAUUGGGUUCUAAGAUUGUGAAAAGGGAAGAUAAGUUGUGCUUUCCUGACUGCCCCAAGGACACUGACUUCAGAUCGACAUUCAGUGGCUUCCACACCACAGUCAAAAUAAUGUGUUGCAACAGGAACCUCUGCAACGCUGGAAUACUGGUGGGGGGCAAUGCCUGGACCCUGUUGGGGGGGGUCCUGUUCAGCCUGGGGUUGGCCUUCUUCUGGGACCUGCUGUGAGGGCUUCUCUGGUCCUUUCUGUUUUUCGGCCCUCUUUUCUUCCAGGUGGUCCAUGCUUCUCCUUUGGGAACACUAGUAAUCAAUUGUAAGAAUUCUGAGAGGUUUUUAGCCCUGAGUUCAGGGUGGGAGGCUGGCUUUGACCCUGUGAGUCUCCUAGACAAAUAGGGCACAUGUGUGACUUCAGUUUGUCUCUGUGCUAAUAGCCUUAAGACCCACCUUCCCUACCAGGCCAGCUUAUUCAUAGCCUCCCUCAGUCUAAGCUCUGCUGCUUGCUACUCUGGACCUUGGGGUCCCAGGGAGAUGUGGGGCUGGAUUCCAAGGCUCCAUCCUACAACUACUUCCCUGGGGCAGUGCUGUCCUCCCUCUGAGGGCUGCUCCUCCCUCUGAAGUUAAUAAUCCCUUCUGCUCACCAAUACCAGGGCUUAGUUUUUCUUUGUCAUCUGUCCCUGCCAAGGUCCUUGCAACACUCUGGCCAGCACCCUGGUGUGCAGAGAAUAUCCCUGGACCAUGAGUAGCCAACCAUGGGUGGCCCAGUAGAGUCACCAUUGGGAUCAGGUUGAGUUUUCCCACACCUGUCAUGUUUGUCCUCUGGCUGGGGCUCAAUGCUAGUCCAGCUUGGGGUGAGGUACCUCUUGCUGGUAGGAGAGAGGGGUCCCCUUAGGGAUGAUGCUUGUGGCACAGAAUGGUCCCAACAAAUCUAUGAGCAUUUUUGGGGCUGGGGGAACAGGGACAGGGGAGGAUCAAUUGGGAGGUCGUCUCAGUGGUGGGCAGGCCAAAAUAAUUAUAAAAUGAAAUGUUUUAAAAACUCA